AUGGAAAGAAAAAAUACACCUGUUAAAGACGCCGCCAAGACAAAACGCAGCACGAAAUAUGAUGUGUGCAAGCACGUUCAAACGUACGCACACGCUUCAAUACCCGUUCUUAAAGAGCCCUCGGGAAUUUCCGCGUUGGAUGGAAAACGUCCGGAUGGCUGCACGUUGAUUCCUUGGAGAGCCGGUAGAUGCCUGGCGUGGGACGUAACCGUUCCGGGCACAUUAGCGGAACGGUACGUGCACUUAACCAGCAAAGAAAGUGGUUUGGCCGCAACCAGGGCAUCGGAUGAAAAGUUUAAAAAAUAUGAAGGUGCCCUGCCCUCGAUGGAUUUUUUACCUGUUUGCAUCGAGGUUCUUGGCCCGAUGGACAACAACACUUCAAUAUUUUUUAAAAAGAUUUGCAAAAUGAUAAGUGGCAGGUCUGGCGACAGCAGAGAGCUAUUUUUCGCCAUGAAUCAUAUAUCUUGUUUGCUGCAAAGGUUUUUGCGCGUCUGUGUUACCGAAAAUGUUCAAUUAAACGCCGACAGCUACAUAACGGGCGGGAAUGAGUUAAAAAAUAGGAAAUGGGAAUUUUCGGGAACGUUGUCAUGA